GUUUAACCACAAUCCAGUUCGCCGGUAAUUUCAGCAGAAUUCUUAGCAUUGAGCAUGGAAUCAUAGAGUAAAUGAUGGAAUCAAGUCCAUGAUUUCAUGCAAACUUAUCUGGAUUAUGGCAACUUCACUGAAAUCCAUUAAACACGUAAUUCUUACAGGUCCACCAGGUGUUGGAAAAACUACGUUGAUUCAGAGAGUCACUGAAAAGUUACAGUCUUAUUCAGUUUCUGUGCAAGGGUUUUAUACGGAAGAAGUACGAGGUGGUCAUGGUAAAAGAGUGGGUUUUGAUGUGGUCACUUUAGAUGGUAAAAGAGGAACAUUGGCUAGAGUCAGUCAAGGAGGUAGUGGUGGAUACAGAGUUGGACAAUACAAGGUGGAUCUUAGUUCAUUUGAACACACAGCUUUACCUGUAUUAGCAACAAAGAAAACAGAGGGCAAGUCACCAAUAUAUGUCAUAGAUGAAAUUGGUAAAAUGGAAAUGUUCAGUGAUUCUUUCAAAGUGCAAGUGCAAUCCAUCUUGAAUCAAGGCAUUACAGUGUUGGCAACUAUUCCAAUACCAAAAGCAAGACCAUUAUUAUUUGUUGAAGAAAUACGUAGUAGACAAGAUGUGAAAAUAUUCACAGUUACAAAAGAAAACCGUGACAAUCUUCUUACAAAUAUAGUGGAUACUAUAAUGGAAAUAAAGUGAAGAUGGGUCACAGAGAUUUUCAAAUUACAAAAUAGUCAACAUUUCUUAGUUAUGUAUGGUUUAUCGUCAGUAAAACCC